UAUCUUUUUAAAAUUAUCAUUCUCUCUAUCAUUUUAUCAUCAUCAUCAUCAUCAAGAUUCUUGAAUCUCUUCCUUAGCUUAAAAAGUUGUUCUUAAUUCAUUUCUCUCUCUUUUUCUCCCUCAGUUCUCAUCUCAUUUUCUCCAUUCACUUUCUCUCUCACAUUCUAACCACUUCUCUUCUUAACUCUCUUCCUAGUCUCCCUUUUAUUUACCUCUGUUUCUCUCUCACUCUCUUUCUAUUUCUCACCUUUCUUCAAUUACUUCUCUGUCUACCUUAGUCUCUCCCUCUGUCUAAAUUUUACCUUCUCUCUCAUUUUCUCUCUCUCUCUCACUCACUCUUCUCUAACUAUACUCAUAUUACCUGUGAAAACCGAAAAGUUAAUAUACAUGUUAAUCUGUUUUCCGUGUUAUUACCUUGAAAUGUUCUGAUACCUGAUCAACCUGACAUUUUCUCUCUCAUCUUAGACCAUCAUCAUCAUCAUCAUCAUUCUGAUCAUCAACAAAAUUAUCAUCAUCACCAUCAGAAUUAACAUUAAUCUGUCUUCAAAAUUUUGCUUCAACUCAAAAACUGUUAACAUAUUAAUAUAAAGUUGAUCAUCUUUAUUUUUGUUUAUUUGUUUAUCUUAUUGAUUCUUGAUCAGUGUAAAAUUUAUUAAUAGUAAAUAUUUUGACAAUUAAUUAACUUGAUAAUCUUAUCCGGAUCGAUUCAAGUUUCAUCAGUUAUUUGCAUGAUUAAAUAUCAACAAUCAACAAUCAGCUCAUCAUCAUUUUCAUCACUCUCAAAGUGACACCAAACUAUUGGAUUUAUUAAAAGAUUGAAGAUGUUUCCGUCAACCGGUAAUUAUCGAUACGAUCGUACAUCCAAACGUGAUAAGGUAUUGAACAAACAACAACAAUUUAAUUACAAUUUACCAAUGGAUAAUAACUCACGACAGCAACAAUUAACUGACCAACACGAGAAAUCAAAAAAUCAAUCACAAUUAGAUGAUGAUAAAUAUUUUCUAUUAAAUAUAAUUAAAGCUCACGAGGAAACUUGCGAUUAUACAAAGGAUAAGGUCACUUCGUUAAUCGAUAAAAGCCGAAAGAAUCCAAUUUAUGCUCGAUGUUCAAGCUUAAUGUCGUGUCCAUUGAAUCCCCAAUUACCACUAGCAUCGUCUCAUGGAACUACAAACGGCUCAGACUGUGGCCUGGAAGAUUUUAGUGAGCGUUUUUCACCCGCGAUAAGAGGUGUUGUCGAGUUUGCCAAACGAAUUCCUGGUUUCGGUCUAUUACCUCAAGAAGAUCAGGUCACUUUAUUGAAAGCGGGAGUUUUCGAGGUUCUUUUGGUUAGAUUGGCUUUUAUGUUCGAUAGUGUUACCGAUUCGAUGAUCUGUCUCAAUGGAAUGUUGUUACAACGGGAAUCUCUCCAUUCUCAGGCCGCUGCUCGUAUUCUCAUCGAUUCAAUGUUCGCCUUCACCGAAAGACUCAAUUCUCUUAAUUUAACCGAUUCAGAAAUUGCGCUUUUUUGUUCAAUUGUUGUUACAUCACCAGAUCGACCCGGUCUUCGUAAUAUUGAUCUAGUUGAUAAAAUCAAUCGUAAAUGCGUUGAUCUCCUUAAUCAAUCAAUCAAAGCCAAUCAUCAUUCCUCAAAUUCUGGAUUAUUAUUUAAUUCACUAAUCAACAAAAUCACCGAUCUAAGAAAUCUUAAUCAACUCCACUCAGAUAAACUAUUAGCUUACAAAAUGGGUCCUAAAAAUGGACAAAAUUACAAUAAUUUAUCCUCAUCCUCAUCUUCGUCAUCAUCCUCAUCAGUAUCUCCAACACCAUCAUCAAUAUCAUCCUCAUCUUCAUCAUCAAUGUCUUCAUUAAAUCAUCACAAUGGUAACAGCAAUAGUAGUUCAAAUGGUGAUAGAAAUUGUAACUCACCUGGAAAUAUGAAUUCAACAUCUACCUGUUCAUAUGCCUCAUUAUUACCCGUUCAAUGGCAAAACUUCACGAUUCGGGACAAUAAUGAUGGACCCACAUCCUCAUCAUCCUCAUCCUCAUCUUCAUCAUCUUCUUACUCACAACCAUCUCGAUUGACCAACACCAAUAACAAUUCAUCAUAUGGAUUAGGUGAAGAUGAAAGUUUAUCAUAUGAUAGGAACAGUGUAACCUCAUCAGAUCACAUUUUGAUUGGUAAAUCAAAUAAAAGUGCCAAUGGAUUAAAUAAUAAUAAUGUUAAUCACUAUUCAAAUGGUGAUUAUAAUUAUCAUCAUGGUCACAAUCAACAAAAUAGUAACAAUAAUAAUAAUAAUACAAGUUCAUCGAUAGCGAAUCAAUUUAUUCUUGGUCAACGAUUACUUCAAUCAUCGUCAUCUUCAAAUAACAAUACAAAUAAUUCAAGUUCAAAUAUAAUGAUUAACAGGAAUCAUGGAUCAUCCCGAGAAAGUCCAAUCAAUUCAUUGAACCAUAAUCAUAAUAAUCAUCACAAUUAUGAUAACAAUUAUUGUAACAAUAAUGGUUCAAAUGAUGUAUUUACAAAGAUGCGUCGAGUUGAUUCACCAACCGAUUCGGGAAUCGAAAGCGGUAAAGAGCAAUGUAAUGGUAGCACACCGACAGCCUCAGUCUGUUCUAGUCCUCGAUCUGCCUGCGAUGAUAAAGUGAAAGAUAUUGUCUCCGAUUCUGAGUGUUCAACACUCUCAGAGAAAAAUAUAACCACCAAUGAAUCAAUUGAUGAUAUGCCAAUGUUAAAACGAGCACUUCAAGCGCCUCCAUUGAUUAAUACCAAUAUGCUGAUGGAUGAAGCGUAUCGACAUCAUAAAAAGUUUCGAGCAACGAAAACCUCUCGAGACUGUGAACCAGCAAGUUCGAGCACAUCAAUUGUCCACAGUAAUAACAAUCAUUGUUUAGCAUCACCAACAUCAACUUCAUCAUCUUCCUUAUCUUCAUCAACCUCAUCCCUAUCAUCAUCUUCAUCAUCAUUAUCACCUUUAAGCAACAAUUAUAAUAAUAAUGAUUCAUUGGCGUCAACACAUUCAACUUUGAUUAAAGUAUUGGAAUCAGCACCAAGAUAUAUUGGUGAUUUAUCAACUAAUCAUCCAUCAUCUCGUCAUCCUAAUUCAUCAUCACCUCCCCACAACAAUAAUAAUAACAACAAUUACACAUCCAUAAAAAAAUGUGAUCUCUUGCACAGUCUAAUUAUGAAAGGUAAUGCCAAUGGUGGAAGUGCCAAUAAUGGUGUCGUCGGGCUGAUGACCCAUAAUGGUGAUAAUGUCCAAGUUCGAGGUGAUUCAAUGCCACCACCAUUGGAUCUAAGUCGUAAACGGGAUCUUGUUUACCUGUGAAAUCAUUGAAAUAGCCCAAACAAUUAACUCUAUGGAUUUUGCGAAAACAGUUUUCAUUAAACAUCAACUCAACAGCAAAAAUAAAAUCUCAUUAAAAUCUAAUUGAUUAGUUGAGGGAAUAAUAUCAUUAUAUUAUCAUCGUCAUCAUUUCUGCUCGAUUAAAGGAUUUACCGUUAUUUUUAUCAUCAUCUUAAUCUUGGACACAAAUAUUACAAUACAAAAACUAUGCUCACACUCAACAAAAUGUACAAACAUCAACAAUCAUCAAGAAAUAUCAUAGAGAGACAUUAAAAUCUUGUAUCAAGGUCUUUAAUCAACAAUUACAAUCAACAAACAACAACAAUUAAAUGAUGACAGACCUUGAAUUUUACCCCUUUUAUCAUCAUCAUCAUCAUCAUCACCAACUCCCCACUCUCACCUCAUCUCUACCUCCAAGGGUUUUUUUUUGAUUCUGAUUUUUUUUGUUAAUUAUAAUCCAAUGUAAAUGAAUCAUAUUCAACCAUCAACAAUAUUUAUUUCCUUGUUGAAAUCAAAUUUGAUUGCCAAUUAAUUGGCUAAUUAAUUUUUUCCUUUGAAUUUCCCUCUCAAUUAAUUUUUUUUUCUUAAGCCACAGACUCAACAUACAUACACACACACACACCCAGGGAAGAAACAUUAAUUUAUAUUAAUUAAUUAACUGAGCAAUUAAUUAAUAACAUGAUAAUAACAGUUAUGAUCAAUAAUAAAUAUCAACAGAAAAGUAAUAUUGAAAACAAAUUGAAAAAUUAAAAGAUUGUCAUGAAAAGUUAUUAAAUACAUUA